GUCAACAAAACGUCAACUGUCAAAUCAAUUAAAGUAGAAUUUACAACAAAAAUUUUGUACUUGUAAAUGAAAAUGAAACGAUGUCAAAUGCUUUGCAUUCAUUAAUUAAAUUAAGGAAACAAAAUGAAUCACGAGGAGAUACUGUCGGUGGUUCAGGAGAAGUUUUUGUCGAGUGAACUCGUGACAGCAUUUUUGUGUGAUGCUAAGGUGCUGCGCCCAGAUUGUAUUAAGACGGAAAGACUCCUUGCAAUCGUUGAAUAUGGAGACGAAAAAGCGGUUUUUUGUUUAUUCACGUCCUGUUACCCACCUAAAUCGUUUACUGAUUUAUCCAUAGAAAUAGUACUGCCCAUAGACAAUAGUUUUCAAUGCGAAAUUGAUAAUAAGCCUUCAGAUCCUGAGGCAAUAUUGUACCUGAAUCUCCAGUCACGUAAUAAUAAGUUUAAGUUUGAAAUCCAAAUGACUCCGCGAGUCGACAAUUUCGUUGAUGAUUUGUUUCGCGGUAUUGAAGCAGUCAACAAACUUCCUACACAGCCUGAGUUUGUAUGGCUUAAGAAAUACGAUGGCCAAAGAGAAGAUGACUUUAUAGCACAGACUAUGGUCUUACCCAGGACUGGAAUGGCUCACACCCAGGUAUCAGCCCCUGUAGCCAUUAGGGAAAGUCUGAUUAAAAGGAAAAUGUCUGAUAAAGAAUUUGACUACACAUUUACCAAAAGAUUUACAAUAUUCUGUGGCACAUGGAAUGUUAAUGACAAAUCUCCAGUUAUACCUUUAAAGGGAUGGUUAUGUGUAGACAAGGAACCCCCGGACAUAUAUGCUGUAGGUUUUCAAGAGUUAGAUCUCUCCAAGGAAACAUUUCUCUUUGAUCAAACAUUCCGAGAGGAUGAAUGGUAUAAUGCAGUUAGAACUCAUGUUGAUCCGAGAUCUAAAUAUGUCAAAGUUGAAAUUGUCAGGCUUGUUGGUAUGAUGCUAAUAGUAUUAAUUAAAGAGAAACAUAUGUCACAUGUGAGGAAUGUGGUGUGUGAUACUGUGGGAACUGGGAUCAUGGGUAAAAUGGGCAACAAAGGUGGUGUUUCCAUAAGAUUUGAUCUACACAAUACAUCAAUCUGUUUUGUGAACUCACACUUAGCAGCGCAUGUUGAAGAAUAUGAGAGACGUAACCAAGACUUCAGAGAUAUCUGUUCGCGAACCAGAUUCAUACAACCAAAUCAACAACCCAAAGCGAUCAAGGACCAUGAUCAGGUUUAUUGGUUGGGUGAUCUUAAUUAUCGGAUCACCGAAUUAGAUCCAAUAAGUGUGAAAAGAAUGGUAAAUGAGAAUAAUUUUGCACCAGUUCUGGAAUGGGACCAGCUUAAACAACAGCACAAAAUUAACAAUGUGUUUGCCGGUUAUACUGAGGGUCUCAUAACCUUCAAACCUACAUAUAAAUAUGAUCCUGGUUCAGACAACUGGGACUCAAGUGAGAAAAACCGUGCCCCUGCUUGGUGCGACAGAAUAUUCUGGAGAGGUGAAAACAUUACUCAACUGGCCUACAGAAGCCAUCCUGCAUUGAAUAUCAGUGAUCACAAACCUGUCUCCGCCUUAUUUACGUCAGCGAUCAAAAUAAUAGAUGAAGAAAAAUAUAGAAAAGUCUACGAAGAAGUUAUUAAACAACUUGACAAAAUGGAGAAUGAAUUGAUACCACAGGUUAAGGUUGAUAUAACAGAGAUUGAUUUUGGUACAGUUAGGUACUUGGAGUUGCAAGUACGAACUAUUACAAUAAAGAAUACUGGCAAGUUACCAGUUGAAUUUGAAUUUAUUAAGAAAUUGGAUGAAAGUAGCUUCUGCAAGGACUGGCUGAUUGUUGAACCAUAUAAAAAAUGUAUCUGUGCAGAUGAAUCAUGUGAGAUACAACUAAAAGUACUUAUAAAUAAGACUUCAGCGUGUAAAAUGAAUGCUGGAACUGAUAAACUAUAUGACAUCCUUGUAUUACAUUUGUAUGGUGGUAAAGAUAUAUUUAUAACAGUUAAUGGCACAUACCAAAGAAGUUGUUUUGGAUGCUCCAUAGAGGUUUUAGUAAACCUUAACAUACCUAUAAGAGAAGUUCCAGUUGGAAAGCUGGUGGAACUGGAAAGCAAAAGAGAUCAGUAUAUUUCAAAUCAGUCAACAUACUCUAUACCAAAGGAAAUAUGGUUUUUAGUAGACCACAUAUAUUUGCAUGGUUUGAAAGAACCAAAUUUAUUUGAACAACCGGGCUUACAUUCUGAAGUUCUGCAGAUAAGGGAUUGGCUAGACAGUGGGUCUAUAGACCCAAUACCAGGUAGUAUUCAUUCUGUAGCAGAGGCUUUGCUUUUACUAUUAGAAAGCACUGCAGACCCAAUCAUUCCGUAUAACCUACAUCCAGUUUGUUUACGAGCAUCAGCAAAUUAUUUGCAAUGCAAGCAGAUUGUUAUGGAGCUACCAGAAUUCAGAAAGAAUGUCUUUCUGUACCUGUGCGAAUUUCUUCAGGAAGCACUGCAGCAUAAUGCAGAAAAUGGACUUGACGCAAAGACCCUGUCAACAUUAUUUGGAGCGAUAUUCCUAAGGGAUAAUCCAAGUGUAGUCCAGGAGCCGCAAUCUCGUAUUAACAAACAAAUAAUUGAUAAGAAGAAGGCACAAUUUGUUCAUCAUUUCUUAAUCAAUGAUCACAGUGACUUAAUUUUUACUAAAUAAUUUUAAUAUUUUCAUUCGAAUAAGAUUUUUUUAAUACUCAGAUUAAUUUGACUUCACAGUCAUACUAAAAAUUUAUAUUGAUUGCAAUGCAUUCAUUAGAGUAACUAUUUAUUUUUCAUUGUUAACUAAUCAUAGAAUUUGGUGACCAUUUUUUGGAUAACAUUGACCAUGACUUACAAUAAACUGAUAGAUGUUAAUUAAGAUAGUUUUCCUCGGUCAAUUUUUAGGUUUGUUUUGAACAACCAAUAUUUUAAAAUGCUUUAUUUUAAUUUUAUUAAACUUUAAAAAAAUAGACAACCAUUUCAACGAAUUGAAACGAAAGUGAGUGUACAUUAUGUUAAUUAUGUUUUAAGGUGAAAUAAUUUGAGCAACAGCUCCAAUUCCAAAUAUGAAGGUUCUGACAUUAUUUUAAAUUGUGUUAUUUUUAAUAAUAUGUUUUGUAAUAACUAUAUAUUUUUGAAAUACAAACAUCACAAAUUAGCCUAAAUAUAUUAAUCAUUGCCAUAUAAAGCUGCGUGCGUUAAUCAUAGUUCAUUAUUAUAGCAUACAUUUGUGUCAUAGUGAUAGCAUAUUUAGAUGUGAUGUUAUCCUUAUAAUAAACAAAAUAACGGUAAUAUCCUUCUCAAGUACAUAAUGGUUUAUUCAUAUUAACUUUUUAAUUCUUGCAAUGUUGUGUCAAAUAGUGACUUUACAGUCCAUUUAUACGUAGAACAAAUUUUAGAUGUAUUGUUACAUGUUAAUCUUAUAACCGAAAUGAAAUAUUU